GUCACCUAUGGAAAGAAGUGGACGGGAAAUGACCAAAUAGAGGAUAUAUAAAACUUAGUUUUUUUUUAAAUUAAUUAUGCCAACUAUUGAAAUUGGAAAACAAUAUGAUAAAUGGCUUAUGUAUAAAUCUCAUUCUUCUUUGAAAUCGAACGAAAACUUUGUUGAAUAUCUUCUUUCAUUAUAUGAAGCCGAAACAGGUAUUCGCUUUAAUUCCAAAGAGGAUAGUUUGGUUAUUGAAGACGAAAAUAACAAAACUACUAUAGAAUGUAAAAACUUAGAGGAUGACAUUUGUCAAAAAGAAAAUAGAGUGAAAAAAAUAUUCGAAUUGGAAAAAGGGACUGUGUUGGAGUUAAUUGAACCUUCUGAAGUUAAAACACUAAAUAAGAAUUGUCAAAAAGAUGAAGUAAAAAAAAAAAGAAAACCUUUGCCAGAUAAUAAAGAGCAAGUCAAAAUUAACAGUGAAGAUAUUCAAUUAAAGUGUAACUAUUGUGAUUUCGUAUGUUCCAAUCGAAGAGAAUUUGGUCGACAUAGAAAUACUAAACAUCGACUUGAACAUUUUCGGUGGAGAAACGCCCUCCGUGGUCAACUCAGUAGGAAUGUUCAUGAUCCUGUAGUUUGCGAUCAAUGUGGUAAAAUGCUUCAAAACAAGUACAAAUUGUAUUCUCAUAGAAGUUCAGUUCAUUCUGCCAAAAAGUACGUUUGUUCUUUCAACGGAUGUGAUUUUUCAGCAACUACAUCGUCUAGAUUAAGUCAACAUCAAAAAUGUGUUCAUAAUAGAGCCUCAUUUCAAUGUUCCGAUUGCGGAAAGUGUUUUAAACGUUCCGAUACCUUGAAGAUUCACAUACGGGCAAAGCACACCGGUGAAAAGCCAUAUUCAUGUCCUCAUUGCGACGAAAAAUUCUUUGAUAUGAUUCAAAGAUAUUCUCAUCUUCUUAGGAAGCAUCAGGAUAAUGAAGGGAGGAGUUUUAUAUGCGAUAUAUGCAAAAAGGCUUUCAGAACUCUUGCCUCCAAAGAGAGGCAUCUGGAGAGGAAAGUUUGUACUGCUGGUAGAGUUAUAACGGAAGAUGGAAAAUCAUUUUUAAUUUGUUCUAAAAAGGAUUGUAAAUUUACAACAAAACAUCGGCGAAGUUUACAAAUUCAUAUAAGGGUGGUGCAUGAAAAAGUUAAACCUUUCAGUUGCCGUCACUGCCCCAAGACUUUCGCUUUAAAACCUAUGCUGAGGCAACAUAUAAAAAUUCAUCAGAAUCUCGAUAACAGGGAAAGGUACGAAUGCCAUGAUUGCGGAAAAUCUUUUCUUCAGAAAUGCGCCCUCACUAAACAUAGACGCGAAACUCAUUUAAACGAUACGCCUCAUAAAUGUCAACAAUGUGGGACUGGCUUCGUUUUUCCGUCCGAACUCAAGCAGCACAUGUAUAAACAUAAAGGUAUUAAGCCGUACAAGUGCAGAUUUUGCGGUUCUUUUUUCCAAAAUGUGGCAACUGCUUGGAGCCAUGAGCAUAGAGUUCACAAAGAAGAGUGGGAGGCAAUUGGGCAUACCUUAGGCCCAUUAAAGCCAGUAGAAGAUGAUAAAGCCGAAGCAGUAACCUAUAAUAACACUUCCACAGCUGAGCAAUCAGUAGUAUUUGAAAUUGUUACAGAUGACUCUCAUUUAUAAUUGUAUACCUAUUUAUAGAUGAUAUUUGUUAAAGUUUGGCUUUCUUGAAGAGAUUUCUAAGAAUUAUAUAAAACCUAUUUUCUUCUUUAAAACGUUAUUUUCCUUUCUUUUAUUAUUUUUAUAACCUACAGAAAAAACAUUUGUUAAUCUAGCAGAAACCCAACACGUACCAUCUUGUCCUAGCUUUAUCUAUAAACUAUACAUAUACAUAUUUAUAUUGUAUAUACUGUGUAGCGGUAUACUACUAUUCUAACAGCAGCCAUUUGAUGAAAGUGACCUUUUGCUAGCUUUUAGUGUUUCUCUUACAUUCCUUAGUUAAUCUGUCUCUGGUCUAUCAGUAUUAUGAAGUUUUGAUAAGAGAACCUGUAAUCAAAUUUACUUGUGUAUA